CCAAGAACCGGAGCAGAGCUCGCGCGACCCCUCCCGCCCCGCCGAGGCGCCUCCCCCUCGCCGCCCCAGUCCGGCUCCGAGAGCCCCGGGCCGCCCCGCGCUGCCUUCCCACGGGAGCCGAGCGGAGAGGCGGCCGUGGACCAGAGAGGUCUGUCUGCUGACAUGUGUCCAUCCUGGGGGUGUGGACGCAGAGAAAUCACAGUCUGGACACUCUUUGCCACCCGCAACCACCUUGCUUCCUUCCUUCCAGUGGAGAGAAGGAAACAAGGUUCAGUGACAUGGCUAAAGGAUCCUUUUCAGCAGAAGGAAUCUGCAGUUCCAAUCACUAGCACUUGUGUCCUGUGACCAUGAAGAACUAGGAGUGCAGACAAGGAAGAGUGUGGAAAGCAGAAGCAGUUCACGGAAACAAACAAACAAACAAACAGAGGAAGCAAAAGCAAGAUCGGCUGGCGCACCUCAAGGGUCCCUGGAGGAGCCAGCCGUUGAGGGCUGAUUGCCUAGUGGUUUUUAUGUCCAACUUGAGCAUCUACGAUGGCGAACGAAGCUCAACCGUGCCCGUGCGACAUCGGCCACAGGAUGGAGUAUGGCGGGAUGGGGCAUGAAGUCCAAGUGGAGCACAUCAAGGCUUACCUCACCAAACCCCCCAUGGAUACAGGCAAAGCUGUGAUCGUCAUUCAGGAUAUCUUUGGCUGGCAGCUGCCCAAUACCAGAUAUAUAGUGGAUAUGAUUGCAGGAAAUGGAUACACAACCAUCCUUCCGGAUUUCUUUGUGGGCCAGGAGCCGUGGAGCCCCUCUGGUGACUGGUCCACCUUCCCCGAGUGGGUGAAGUCAAGAAACGCCAGGAAGAUCAAUAAGGAGUUUGAGGCUGUUCUGCAGUACCUGAAGCGACACUGCGGUGCCCAGAGAAUCGGCGUCGUGGGCUUCUGCUGGGGCGGCAUUGCUGUGCACCACGUCAUGACCACGUACCCAGAAGUCAAGGCCGGGGUGUGCGUCUACGGGGUCGUCAAGGACUUCGGGGACAUUUACAGUUUAAAGAACCCCACGCUGUUCAUCUUUGCUGAAAACGACUUCGUCAUUCCCCUGGAGCACGUCUCUCAGCUGACCCAGAAGCUGAAGGAGCACUGCAAAGUCGAGUAUCAGAUUAAGACGUUCUCUGGGCAGACUCACGGGUUUGUGCACCGGAAGAGAGAAGACUGCUCCCCUGAAGACAAGCCCUACAUUGAAGAAGCAAGGAGGAAUCUGAUCGAGUGGCUGAACAAGUACCUGUAGCGGCGGUCAAGUGCAAAUGGUUUUCACCAGACAUGUGCUUUGUAAGAAAUCGUUUCAUUUUCACUGUAUCUACAAUACAGGUAGGGAAUCCCGAAAUUCGUAGUUGCAUCGGAAGGACAAAGUAGGAAAUGUUAAUGAGUGAAAGCAAUUUAGCAGAUGUACAUCAAAUAAAAAUAUAAGGAAGUA